AUGGCGUGGCCUUCUCAUUUGAACUUGUUGGGGUCACUAUUUCCUCUUUCUUACGCUGUUUUUUUUUUUUUUGCAUGUGUCCAGUGCAUGCGCAGGUUACUUCCCUGGAGGCUGUUUUUUGCGGGCGUUGCCCAGCGCUUCAAUAGUGAUUCCCUCCUCCAUGAUAUCUUCUCCGAGCUGGACGCGUGCGACAUAACGCAACGAAAUAAUCAGUUGAAAAUGGAGACAUCGACAUCCUCGAAAAAAAUGAAUGGCGGCGGUACGACGGCCACUCCAGUAGAAACUGCCACUGCAGAAGAAGCCGAUAUUCUUGCAGAGCUUUCCAAGCAACAACACCUUCAACGGCUAGUACAGGAGGCCAGAGAUCAGGCCGCGUUGUCCCAGGCGGAGGAAGCGAAGAAAGGAGAGGUGCGGCGCCAUGCCCGCUAUGUUGUCUCACCUCCUGCGGCACUACAUCUUUCCAGUGCGGAGUUGAUACAGGAGAAAUCUCCACAGCACUUCACCCCCGCGGGGGAUUCGUCAAGAAGGCUUUCUGCACUUCCCCAAUUGAACUCUCCUGGGACCGUUGCAGUAGUAACCUUGGUUGGAAAAGUUCUCUCGGUGGCACAAAUGCACGGCGGAGAGGGUUCUAUCGAAGAGAAUAGUGUCACCGCUGUCGAUGAAAAUGGACCACAUGCUCGUUUUUUGGUGCAGUACAAUGUGCCCUUUUUGCCUUCAUCAAGGCCAGUUACUGUACAGGUGCGCUGUUAUGGGGCCACACUGGCGUCCUUUGCCAAAAGAUACAUCAAAUUGGGCGAUUUGGUACAUGUUCUGGGGCAUGUGCUACCCCUUGAUUCGAGUUCCGCUGACGGCCCCUCUUUUUGCGUAUGUGCACUUCCCGUUGGGGGUAAUAUCUCUGUUGUACUGUCGGCGGAGCAUGUGACAGCUCCUUGA